CAUAACACGCGAUGUCUAUUGCAGUGUUUCCUAUUCGUCCGACUUUGGGUUCUUAAGUCGAUUCGUUCGUCUUACGUUUUAGAAACUUAUCUUUUUAAUGUCUUAUCUUGAAUUCACUUUCUCCUUAUUUACAAAGCUUCUUAUUUUUCGACAAUAAUUUUUUUUUCAUUUUUUACCUCGAAAAAGAAAGAAAAAAAAAAAAAAACUCCGGAGGAUCCGAAUUUAAUUAUUCGUAGGACACGGUCAAGAUUUAAUGUCGGGGCACAUCCUGAUGGCAAGUUAUCACAGAUGAAUGCGUUCAAGUUAACAGACAACAUUCCCGGGUCGCCGAUGGCAAAAUCUAUUAAUUACCAAGCAUUUGUCUCUUCGGGAGAGAUAAUUAGGAGUAAGACUUAUUAUUUACAAUGCCUGAUGUUAGUUCGACGGAUUUCGAGGGAACUAAUAACUGCAAAACUCUCCGUUCUACUUCGAUGGAUGAAAAGUUUAGAAAAGAAGAAGCUCUACUAUUAAAUCCUUCAAGCGGAAGCAAUGACGAACAGGGUUAUGACAAAGCACAUUCGGCUCAAGAGAUCCGUUCUUCGGCUUCUUUCACGUCGUCUCCUUCGGAGACGGAAGGAAGAUCUAUGCCCGUCCCCCCCGAUGGCGGUUGGGGAUGGGUAGUCGUAUUUGCUUCCUUUAUGAUUAAUCUCAUCUCGGACGGCGUGUCCCUAUCCUUUGGCAUUCUGUUCGUAGAUCUGGUCAAUUAUUUUGGCGAAAGCAAAGGCAAAACGGCAUGGGUCGGCUCUAUAUUUCUCAGCAUGCCUCUACUAACCGGCCCCAUCGCUAGUUAUCUUACUGACAGAUACGGAUGCAGGAAAAUAAGUAUAAUAGGAGCUCUGUUAUCCGCCUUGGGAUUUAUGGCUAGUUACUUUUCACAUUCCUUAGAAAUGCUCUUUCUUAUGUUCAGUUUGUCCGGAUUUGGUCUCGCUCUCUGCUACGUCACUUCAAUCGUCAUUGUCGCCUAUUACUUCGAAAAAAAGAGAUCUUUAGCUACCGGUCUAGCCGUAUGCGGAACCGGAAUUGGCACCUUUGUUUUUGCGCCUCUGACUAUUUAUCUUCUAGAAAAUUACGCCUGGAGGGGCACUCUACUUAUUCUAUCUGGAUUCUUCUUAAACAUCGUGGCGUUCGGAGCUCUCAUGCGCGAUUUGGAUAAUCCGAAAUCUUGUGAUAACGUUAGUAACGACGAAGGAAAAAAUGAAAUAACCGAAGAAUGUAAUUUAGAAUCGAAAAGUUUCGAAGAAUCCGGAGAACGUCUUUGCAGUUCGUUGGUACAUCUUCCUACUUACAUAAAUAGUUCUAACGUACCCGUCGAAGUCAUCACCGAACUGUCUAACAAAGAAGGUGGUUAUUUGAACUCUUUAUUAGAACAUUAUCCGAAUAUAUUAAAAUGCCUGGUGACUCCGGAAGGAGACGAUUACACGCUGACCGUAAAGAGUACGCUGCCGUUGUUUUCCGUUAUUCCACCCAACGUACAACACAAUAAUAACGAAGUUGUGGAUAACAAAAGUCCGGAACAGAGUCGGAAGAAUUCUACUUGGUCCACUAAAUCCGAAAGUCAGAAAGCCAGUUGUCUUCGAAACAUGAGGCUUCAACGAGGAAGCAUCACUUACAGGGGCGCAAUGCUUAAUAUCAGACGUUACCGUUUGCGGGCAUCCAGCUGUCCGGAUAUUUAUCGCAAUAGUAUGAUGACAAUCACCGAAUCCGAAAAAUCUUGCUCGUUCCUGACCGAUUUGAAAGAUGUAAUUAUAGAUAUGUUCGAUCUGUCUAUCUUCAAAAAUCUACGCUACACUAUAUUUUGCAUUUCGAACUUUCUUUUGUAUGCCUGCGUGGACGUUCCUUACGUUUAUCUUCCGGAUAAUGCCAUCAACCACGGAGUAGACAAGGAAGCUGCUUCCUUUUUAAUUUCCAUAUUGGGAAUUCUCAAUACGGGAGGUGUGGUUAUGGUAGGAUACAUCGGCGACAAAUCGUGGAUAGAUUCUUCCGUGCUGUAUAGCGCUUUCAUUGCUAUAAGUGGAAUAGUCAUGGGAGCAAUUCCAUUGCUAAUUGAUUACUACGGUACGGCAUCGUUGGUAGCUAUUUACGGAUUUACCAUCAGCGCAAAUUACACUUUAGUUUCCGUUAUUGUCGUCAAUCUCAUUUCUCUCGACUGCUUUACCAAUGCUUAUGGACUCUUGCUUCUAGUUCAAGGAGUGGCCAGUUUAGUCGGACCUCCACUAGCAGGUUGGCUGUUCGAUUUGACCGGAAACUACGACGUGACCUUCUAUUUGACCGGCAUCUGCAUUUUUGUGUCGGGAGUGAUGGUGGUUCCGGUAGCCAAAUCUCGGAAACCGGCACGUUCUUCGAGCUUGUUGAACAAUAACGAAGCGUCGGAAGUAAAGGAUAGGAAGGAGAAAGUACGAUUCGAAGAAGAGAAAAGCCCGGAAAGUAUUUGCAAUAAAACAAUCGCUUCCAGCAGCGAAUGCAAUGGCUACAUAAACAGCUUGUCGGUAGAUUUAAACAAAAAAUCUCUUGACGAGAAACGAGUACAUCUUAAAGAUGAAAAUUUUAUUACCAUUCACGAAAAUCCACUGAAUAGCACAAAUAUUGUAUAAAAUGCAAUGUAAAUAUCGACGAUUAUCGGGAAAAUUAUACAUAUAUAUAUUAAGAAUUAUAUAUUAUAUAAAUUAUAUAAUUAAACGGCGUGUAAGGGAUUUCAUCGCAUAUAUUUAAAAGGUGCAUUAUCAAAUUUCUAUUUUUUUCGGUAGUGUAAUGUUUGAAAAUCUGUGUGUAUUUUACAUUAUUCUUAACAUUAUUUACGAAACGUGUAUAGUAAAUAGUAGAUUAAGAUUUCCGUAACGAAAAUCGAGGAAAUUUUACUAAAAUUGAGAAUCGAUACGUUUGAAUUCGACGGGAAUUUCUAGAUUUCGUUUGUUAGCCAUCUUGUUUUGCCGUGAUCGACAUUUGCUUGCAAUUCGUCGACCGGCAAGAAAGAGCGUGGGUUUUUCUGCGUCUAACUAACUCGGAAUAGCGACGAAUUAAUCCCUAGUGAAAAAAAUGGAAGAACGUACCAAUGGAAAGUUAGGAAAAGUCAAACGUUAUUCGAUAUCAAGAUUCUUCAAUUUUGUCAAACUCCUCGAUUAUUUGCUACGUAUUUUAAAUUACUCGGCUACUUUGUUUCGCACUCAAAACCAUUGGUCUCUUAAUUAGUUAGAUUCCGCUCGAUUAUUUCAUUCGAGCAAUAAAUUCCGAAAAUAAUUUAAAUGUAACCUGCACAAAACUAAUCUCGUACUCUGCCUUAAUUGUUCUCGGCUUAGUAGUUCCUUGACGUGUAUAUAACUUAAGCCGUCUCGUACUUAAAAGAAUUGCACAAUAUAUCACUAUUUUCUGCAUAAUAGUCGACAAAUAGAUCGGCGUUUGGAGAAGAGGAAAAGUAAUUUAAUUUUUAUAUAGCGUAGAUCCUGUAAUAUAUCCGAAUUGUAAUUUAAUUUUCGUUUUCGUUCUCUGAUUUUUUUUUAGCAGAAAAAUAGAUUUUUAUUUCUAGUUGAUUGUAAAAACGUGUAAUAAUUGGAUUUGUAAUAUAUUUAUGUAAGAGUUUCACUGUGAUACGAGCGAGCGGGGAAAUGUGCCAAAACGAGCGAUUUCGAACAUUAUGGUCGAGAAUAAAGUAGAGAAGAAAAGCGUAGGUUCAAUGGACAUACCAUUGGUGCCUAUUAUCUUAACGUGUAACUUCGGUAACGUGUUUCUUUCGUUCGAUGUUUCUUUCGUCCAUUUUAGUCAAGGAUUUUGAUACCAUUAUUUCGUGGAAUGUUCAUUUGUAAUUCAAAUUUUUUCUCGAGCGACAUUAGAUGCUUCGCGAAUAGCUUCGAACAUAUUAUUUUUAUGUGAAGAUGGUGACUUCCGUUUUGAAAUAAAAAUAUCCCGAAUCUCUGGAUAUUUUCGAAAAUGGUUUUCUUGUAAAAGUAAAGAUUACAUUUAGAAAUAAAGUUAAUUUUUUUUUUAUUUCAGAA